AUGGGUUCGGCGACAACCACCCAAGAUGAAGGUCUUCCUCUAACAGUCUUUAUGGGUUCGCAGAGGGCAAGAAAUGCAGAGGGCAAGAAAUGCAGAUUUUACGGUGGUGAAGCUGCGACAUUUUCAGUUGAUGGAAAGGUUUUGAUUUUGGACGAGUCCAACAUCGACUCGACCAUAGCCACCUUCGAUCACAUCUUGGUUGACUUUUACGCUCCCUAG